AUGGCUAAAGAAGUGAUUAACUUCUAUUCGAAUCUUAUUGGAACUGUCGACCCCUCGGUUAAAGCUAUUGAUCCAAGCUUCACCAAAACUAUUCUUAAUUUCAACUUGUCCUACGAAGCUUCUUCUUCCCUUGUUAAAGAGAUUAUUGUAGAAGAAAUUAAAGAUGCCAUCUUCGACCAAGAAAAUGAAAAAGCACCCGGUCCGGACAGUUAUUCCCCUAUUUUCUUCAAGAAAGCUUGGAAUAUUGUCGGUAAGGAUGUUAUUGUUGCGGUUAAUCACUUCUUUUCGAAUGUAGCUUUAAUUCCAGCUUUUAAUUCUACUGUUGUUGCUCUAGCUCCUAAAAUUCCAAAUCCAAGUUCUGUUAAAGACUUUGAGCCCAUUUCAUGUUGUUCAGUUAUUUACAAAUCCAUUUCUAAAAUUCUUGUUAAAAGAUUGACUGAGGUUCUUCCCGAUAUCAUUUCCUUAAACCAGACAGCUUUCAUCAGAGGCAGAAACAUUGUGGAUAAUACUCUGCUUGCCUAA